UAGAAAACACAUUUUUUAUUAUUUAUACCUAUUAGUUUUUAGAAAAUUUAGUUAUAAUUUAAAUUAAAUUAGACUAUCUACAUAAAUGUAGUAGAGUUAUUGAUGGUUUAACUUGUUUACUGAUUAUCUAAUUUUUAAUGUAUAGUGAUAUUUACUGUAAUUUAAACUACACAUGUAAUACCAAUCCCAUAUUAAUUUUAUCUCCUUAAACAGAACCAUUUAAUUAAUUUUGCCACUAUGGUCAAAGUUUGUGUGGUGAAGAGUUGUUCAAGUGGGCGUACAGGCAAGAAAAAAAAUUAUCAAAUGCCUUUGUCUUUUUUUCAACCAACGACACCAACAAGGUUAAUAAAUUGGACAAAGUCAAUGGGCAUUAAUUUAAAAGCAACAGACUCUAUUUGUCAAUUUCAUUUUAAAGAGGAGCAUAUAAAAAUGUAUGAUAAAAUUAAAAUUGGUGAAGUUAUUUAUUUCUCGUAUUUACUAAAGAAAGUACUAAAGGAAGAAGCUUUGCCAACAAUUGAGCAUCAAUUUCAUCCUUUACUAGACCAACAGCAAAGUAUCCUCAAGGUACAGGAACUACUAAUAGAUCCGCAGAACAGUUGCUAUUCUACAGAUUACAUAGAACAAAGUCAAGAAAGUUUCCAAGAACAACUUCAGAUCGAGAAAACGCAUAAUGAUUCAAGGGAACAAGAACUGAUUGAAUCUAUUGAUUAUUUCAAAAAUAAUGUAAUUCUUUUAAAUAAUGAAGAAUUAUGUACAGAUCUAAAAAUUUGUUCAUUUGAAAAUAUUUACGAUUACUUAAAAUCUGUUGAAAAGUGGCCCCUGUGUGUUGGUACCCAAAUCGAGAGAAACAAAUAUUCAAAAAAAUGCAGAGGUGUCAUCAUUGGUGAUGAAGCCUAUAAAAGAUUUCAAAGAAAUCCAAGAUGCAAGUCUUGUCGGAUCCUAAGGAAUCAGUUGAAAAAACGUAAACUUUUAGCAGCUGCAAAGGUGUGGGAAAAUGAAACAAAAUCAAUGUGUGGAUAUGGUGCACAAAUGGAUGUAGCUUCUUGACAUCUUUCAAAAAGCCUUUUGAGGUCUUAGUAAAUUUACACUAUUUUAAGGCUUUAAAACAUGCUCAAAUUUAGUCAAACGGACCAAAUCCGCCUACCAAAUACAUUCUCGAUACAGACCACCAGAUUGGACAGUUGCUCAUGUAAGCUGUCAGGUACACACAGUUGUCAUCUUGUCAUUGUAUACAAAAAUUAUGGUGGUAGCAGUAAAACUAGCAACAAUCACCACAUAAAAAGCUGAAAAAUUAUAGAAUGGGCGAAACUGUAUUUAAGAAAACGACGCAUUUAGUCAUAAAUUUAAAUUAUAUCUACAAAGGAACAGUGCAAACUUUGAAAAUUUAUUAAAUUUACUCAAACCUCAGAUCACAAAAAAUGAUAUUGUUAUGAGAAAGUCCGUUUCUGCAAAAGAGCAGCGUAUUGCCAUGUUAUGAUAAAGUAUCUUGCAUUAAGAAGAGAAUUGAAGUUUAAUUUAAAUAUAUCAUCACAGUUAGAUAUUCUCCCAAAAAUUUUUUCUUUCUAGUUUGUCGUUUUCAAAUUUUUCAGUUUCAUUACUUAAGUAUUGUAAAUUAUUGCUUUCCAGCAUCUCGGUUGCGACCUAAAUUGUGAUAUUAUGUACCCCACAAACAUGGUAAAUCUUUGUUUAAUUGAAUCGCGUUCCGUAAAGAUUUUCUCCAAGAUAUAAAAUGAGGAAACGCGCGGCCGUUUGUUCUGCUUAACCGUCCACACUACCGAAUACCGAGCAAUAUAUUAUACGGUAUAGAUAUUAUUAAACGAUGUGCAAAAUUAGCGGACUCCAUUAAUAAUAAUUAUGUUCGCAGGCGAUCAGAUUUGGUUCAGUAGUGAACCAAAAUCGUGAUUCGUUCGAACCAAAUUCGGUUAAUACUUUUAUUGUGACAUAAAAUAAAUUGCAUUUUGCUCCAUUUCAGAUGACAAUGUAUUUAUUAUUUUAUUAUAAAUUAAGAUAUGAUAUGGAACCCAGGAAAUUUAUAAAUAAAAGUCAAAAAAUGCCAUUA